AUGAUAUAAAGAAAAUUAAGAUCAUUAUUUAGAGAAAAGAAAUUAAGAUAAAAAUUAGAAGAAAGAAGAAAAUAAAUCUAUUAUUUAUUUAAAGAUAAUUGUGAAAAUAUGAUACAUUAAAUUGAAUUAGGAUAAGAUUAGUAGGUUUCUUAUUUUUAUUUAAAUAAAUAACUUGAAAGAUGUAAAACAAUAGCUAAAGAUUAAAUCAAUUUUAGUAGUAUAAAAACUGAAGAAAAUACUCGUAAAAAUACAGAAAAGAAAAGCUUUCUAUUAAGUACAGGAGCAUCAACUCCUACUACUAAAGGAAUUUCAACUUUAAGAAUAGCUGCUCCUUCAAAUAAAAUUAAAGUAGAUUAUUUAUUUGAAGCAGUCUAAAAAAAUAGAAUUAUGAUGAUAAAAUAAUCUCAUUUUGUUUAUUCUGCAAAUGAUGUAAACUCAUAAAAUUAUGAUGGUAUCACUCCUCUUCAUGUUGCUGUUGUAAAGGGAAAUUGGGAUUUUGUAGAAUGGUAUAUUAUUUAUAAUUAUAACUAUGUAGGUUAUUACAAAAUGGUGCAGAUCCAUAUAUUAUGGAUUAAUAAAGUAUUACUCCUAUUGAUAUGGCUAGACAUUUAAAAUAAACUAAAGUAUUAUAUAUAUAAAUUAUAAUUUUAGAUAAUUAGACUUUUUGAGUAAUACCAAAAAAUAUGA